GUUUUGGGCAGAGAGGGAGAUUAAGACCAUAAGGACCACUCCUCCUGGAAUAAGCGAAAAAAAAAUAGUUUAUCAGGUCAUGGAUUUCACCAUACGACUUUGUGUAUUGCGUUUUCCCAUAGGUGUUAUCUCUCAUUCCUCUGAUAGAGAGAAUCAUGUUGUACAUUUGCUUAUUAAUUGAACAGGUUGUCGAUGUAACAGGUGAAGUAGGAUGGGAUAGUGGGGACUUUACUAUACCGCGUUGUGUUUCACUCUUUUCCCAAUGCCGUGAACCUGUAGAAGAUAUAUAUAUCUGAUAAUAAACAUUGAAUUCGAUCAUAAUUUAUAUCCGAGAUGUCGGUGACCAUUGUAUGCCAAUCAAUGGAUAAAGUUGACCUGAGGAUUAAUAUGACAUUUAAACUAGAUCAUGUGACCCAUUAUCUAAACCUUACCAUGGGUCCUCCAGCCCGUGUGUCCAUAUGCCAUGAACCACACCAUUGCUGGAGUUAUAUUCCCAUUUCCCAACUACAAAAGUGGUCACUGCCCACUGGUAUAAUUCUCACUCUUGUAGCCCUUAUGCGUGAGGUGUAUAUGGAUGAUAUAUAUUGGGUCUUUAAAUGGCUUUACUUAAAAAAAUAAUAGGUCUACAAAUUCUGCUUUUUCAAGAACGUAUAUAUGAUUUUAUUGAGAAAUAACAAAUAGAAAAUUAUAGCAAUUAAGGAGGAACUACGUUAAGCUGUUUUUUUAAUUCUAAUUAUUAUUGGAAACAAUUUUUUAUAUCAUUAUAUUUUGUGGGAACCAAAAAUUUAUAUGAUAUCACUAUAAUAUUAUUUUUAAUUUAAGUUUAAAGCUUUAUCAAAUAACUUAAUAAAACUUAAUUUGUGCAAAAUCCUUGUUUGCAAGAUAUGCAGUGCACCAAUCCCAUGUCGCCUAAAAGAAAAUAUUAUUUGUCUCUCUCACCCAUGUUUUAAAGUUUUUAUUGCAUGUACAGAAACUUUGUUAACGUCUACCCUUCCUAAAAACUAUAAAUAUAACAAAGAAUCAAAUCAAAUGUCAUGUCUCUCUAUCUUUUGUAAUCUUUGUAAGAAAAACAAACUUUUGUUAUACCAAUGGCUUACAUAGGCUUACUUGAUGUCUUCAUAGCUUUCCUUAUCUUUAUCCUUUUCCAUUUCUUGAUUCACAAGAAAACCCAUAAACUCUUUCCUAGAAACUGGCCCGUUCUUGGGAUGCUUCCUGGUGUGCUCGUCAUGCUUCACAAGAUCAAUGGCUAUCUUGUAGAAGUUCUCGAAGUCUCCAACUUAACCUUUGUAUUCAAAGGCCCUUGGUUCUCUGGAAUGAACAUGUUGAUCACUGCAGAUCCUGAGAACGUUCAACACGUCUUCAGUUCCAACUUCUCUAAUUACGACAAAGGAUCAGAGUUCAAAGAGAUGUUUGAUUUUCUUGGAGAAGGAAUCUUCACUGCUGACUCCAAACUCUGGGAGGAGAUGAGGAGAUCAUCAAUGGUCAUGCUUAGCCAUCAAGGGUUUCAAAGCUUCUCACUAAAGACCAUUGCUAGUAAAAUCAAGAACGGGCUUGUGCCAGUUCUUGAUCAUUUCGCAAAGGAGAAUAUGGUUUUCGAUUUACAAGACGUGUUCCAGAGGUUAGCGUUCGAUGUAACCCUAACUCUUGUAACGGGUUACGAUUCUAACUCUCUUUCCAUUGAAAUGCCGAAGAAUGAGUAUGCAAAAGCUAUGGAUGAUGCUGAAGAAGUGGUUGUGGUUAGGCAUGUUAAGCCUAUGUUCUUGUGGAAGCUUCAAAACUGGCUUGGACUCGGAGAAGAGAAGAAGAUGACACAAGCUAAUGCUGCUUUUGAUAGAUCUUGUGCAAAGUAUAUAUCUGCAAAGAGAGAGGAGAUUCAUCAACACUCCAUUAUUGGAGAAAAAGCUCAUGAUGUGGAUUUAUUAAAAUUCUAUAUGAAUCUUGAUACCACCAAGUAUGAGCUCUUAAACCCUAAAGACGAUAGCUUCCUCAAAGACAUCAUCAAGAGUUUCAUGCUUGCUGGAAGAGACGCCAUCGCAACAACUCUCACUUGGUUCUUCUGGCUUCUCUCCAAGAACCCUCAAGCUUUGACCAAGAUUCGUCAAGAGAUCAACACAUAUCUACCAAGAUCCUCCGACAAGGGUUUUGAUCAAGACAAGAUAAGCAAGAUGGUGUAUCUACAUGGUGCAUUGUGUGAAGCAUUAAGGCUAUACGCUCCUAUCCCGUUUGAGAGAAAGUCUCCCAUGAAGCAAGAUGUGCUUCCAAGUGGACACAAGGUGGAUGCAAAGUGGAAGAUCUUGUUCUCUGUAUAUGCCUUGGGGAGAAUGAAAGCUGUAUGGGGAGAGGACGCGUCUGAGUUUAAACCAGAGAGAUGGAUCUCUGAGAGAAAUGGAGGCUUGAAACAUGAACCAUCUUUCAAGUUCUUUGUGUUUAACUCUGGUCCAAGAAAUUGCUUGGGGAAAAAAUUGUCUUUCUUGCAGAUGAAGAUAGUAGCUGCUGAGAUCAUACGAAACUAUGACAUUAAGGUCGUUGAAGGGCACAAGAUAGAGCCAGCUUCUUCUAUAGUCCUUCACAUGAAGCAUGGUCUCAAAGUCACAGUUACUAAGAGAUGUUUGGUUUCAUAAACUGAAAUUACAAAACGUGACCUGCUUGAGAUCAAUCAUCCCCUAUAGAUUAUUAUAUUAUUUGAGAAGUAAAUUCUCAAAGUAUAUAAUUGAUGUAUGAAUCUCUCAUGCCUCCCACAAAAAAUAUCACAUAUUAUAUAUUGUUUUUUUUUUUU